AUGGCCAGGCUAACUUAUUUUGCCAACUUCCAUAGUGUGGCCUCCUACGCCAUUCUUUUUUGGGGUAGUUCAUCGGAAGCGCAAAGAGUGCUUUUACUCCAGAAGAGGGCUAUAAGGGCUCUUUUCGGCCUUGGACCCAGAGACAGUUGUAGAGAGGCAUUCAGGGCUGGGGGCAUCUUGACUGUACCAAAACAGAAUGAAAAACUUUCCGAUCAAACCUUGCACAACAUCUCUGGGACAUCAGCCGAUCUCAGAAUACAAUUGGCGUUGUCCGAUAUCAGCGACGACGAGGAACAAGACCAUUAUGUAGUGAAAAGAACGCUGUCUAACAUAACGGCGAUACCACCCGCCAAUCACAUGGACGUCAUCCCGCAAAUCCUGAAGGACUAUCUUGAGAGAGUCAGCGCCCAAAGCAGCAGAUUUUUCAGUGCCCAUACUCUGUUAUAAUUAUUCAAAUAAAUAAAUAAGCCAAAAAUUA